AAGCUUCAUCGAGAAAUGCCUUAGGAGUAGCAACGCGAAUUCUCUCAGGAGUUCUACUGGGAAUUCCCUAGGAAUGCCAAAGGAAAAUUCUCAAGAAGCUUCGUCUGGAAUUCUUGCAGCAGUUCAAGCAGGCAUAAGUUCCAAUUUUAGUAAUGCAUAAUAUAAUGAUCUGUAGAUUUCUUGAAAAUCAACGAAUUGUGAACAUUUAUUUCGAAUAGAUCAGCAGAACGCAGUCCCGCGAUGUUCACGGAAAUAACAUACAUACAUACAUACUAGGAAAUAAGCAUGAUUAUAAUUGAAAUCUAACGCAUGAUUACCCUUUUGCACUUACCUUACCAAAUAACAAGUAAUUUUAGAUAUUCAUACUAAUAGAAUAAUUACCUACUAAUCCUGAAAAUCAUCAUUAACAUCGCCCCCAUGAAAUGCCAGUGUUAUCUAAUCGAUAUUUUUCUUCUCUCCCCCUUUUCAUCUCGCUGCACGUUAUCGUGUGCCCGACAUGGAUACGAUAUGCCUUGCCAAUUACAAACGGUACAACGAAAACACAUAACCGCCCCAACUUUUCUCGCCACAUGUGGUUGGAUGGGCAUGGCUGUGCCACAUUUGCCCUGGUCAUCCAAUAAUCACCAUCAGAUGCGAACCAGUCGUCCUCUUCGCAGGAUGGUGGUGGAGGAGGAGGAGGAAUCAACAGCGGUGGUGGGGGAGGAGGAGGAGGCGCAGCAAAACUUCAAUCGCACCAGGAUAUGCUCUCCCUGGGUCAUAUAAAUAGCGGUGACAGUCUGCUGGGAAGCGGCAGAGGUAAUCGCAAUGACCACAAUGUCGUGUCACCGUCCGUAAUGGCCAAGUUUCUCGAAGACGAGCUGAAAUCGAGUGAGGCGUUGCUAAAUUCUCCGGUUAAACAUUGCGAAACUUGUGUCUGUCCGAGGAACGCUAAUCUUACAAGUGGGUCACUGAUCCUAGCCGAUUUGCUCGGCGAUGGGCAGAAGUACUACAGUGUCGGAACGCAAACCAUUAUCAAGGGAGAAACCAAUAAUUCGCUGUGUUUAAGGUGUAACAAUAAUCUAAAUUCGCCGUCCCACAACAAUAGUCCAUAUAUCAUGAAACUGAUCAAAUCGAGUGAUAGUGUCAUAUCGGAGACGAAGAGCAGUGUUUCGGAUUUCCUGACGACGCCGGAUAAAUCCUCGCCCAACAAUGGAACGGACCAGGGAGCGCUGCCUCCGUCGAAGAAGGAUGACCUGAUGGUGAAUCCCAUUCUGGGUCAUCACCGGAUUACGGAAAGAACUAGCAACUAUAAUAGCACAUCACCGAAUUCCGAUCCACCGAUACAGUCAGGACUAGCGAUAACAAAAAGCAGUAGCUACUCAAGUGGAAACGGAACCAAACUUUCGCAUCUUAACCAGACUAAGAAGACCCAGGAUAUGCUGAAACCAAAGGUCCAGGCAACGGUAACCGCAGGAAGCAAAUAUACUGGAGAAUCUCCAUCGUACAUAAUCAAGGAUACGGAUCAAAUGAGCGGAAGUCACGCACUGCAGACACCGAACUCCGGCGUUGGAGGAGGCUUUGGAAGCGCGAGUAGCCAACAGAACAAGGUGCCCGGAGGAAGUGUAGGCAGUGGUUUGUACCACGCAGUGGGAAGCACGAACAGUUUGUGGAGCAGGACGAGUAGCGGAGAUCCCAUGCGGGAUGGAGCGAAGAUAUUCGAAAGCUUCAAUAGGAAUCUUAUCAAAACUAUUAAGGCUGAAAAUCCAAAGAUGUCCGGUCCUCGGAUCUGCUCUCUCCGGAUCCAGAACGGAUCAAGUAACAUUCUGCUGGACAGUCUGCAGGACGACGUAUCUGACGAUCUCCUAGAAAGCAAAUCAUCAGUGGGACCUGUGAUCUACACGAGAAGAGCCAAAUUUCUGGACGAGGAACUUUUACUGGACGAUGAUCCAUCGAUCGGAUUGAACGGUGCCAUAAAAACGACAAGCCUUCCAACUGCAAGCGCAAGUGUAAAUACUAGUAGCAACGGUAGCAAACAAACAUCGCUGGUAGUGAAUGGAUCUGGUAGUGGUGUUCUUAGCAGUGGUAACACCUCUAGUGGUAACCAAGGUACGGACAAAUCCCGCCAAGAUAGCUCACCGAAGGACGUGUGUAAUAUGAGCACAACUACGUCACCUAAUUCUUCCGAUCGAUUGUGCACAAUCGGAGAAGAGGCCAACAAUCUGCUGCUGAACACAAAGAUAACGACAACCGGUGUUCCGAACAAACCGAGACUUGACAUCAACGUGAAUAAGCUUGAAGGUUUGGAUUUAAACUCUAAGAAGUCCUGCACCCAGUCAAGCUCAAUAUCCAGUGAGAUAGAUAUUCAGGAAAGUGUCAUGCUCAGGAGGCAGCAGUUGUCUCGGGUUGCGGAAUGGGUGCAGAACAACUCGAAGAUCGGCAAUACGGAAAACAUGAGCAACACCGAGUCAGAUAGCGAAAACUUAGCUAUUGCUUCAGCCGCUUCGCUCACUUUAGUCGAUAAUAUCAAUAAUAAUGCAUCUAGUAAUGGAAUCUCAACGCUUGAUCCUAAGGGAAAUUGUAAUGAAACUAAGCCGGUAGCUAGUGAUAUCAAAAUAAGCCGUAGUAGUAGUAACAGUGCCAUGGCGCAACAAAUACUUAGCGAUAAUCUUCUUAGCAAUAGUAAUACCCUCAACAAUAACCACAUAAUCAGCGGCAACAACAAUAAUAUAACUCCCGAUUCGUUUGCUCAAGCCAACAGCACUAACCCAGUUCACCUUCGAGGAUAUACUCACGCUAAUCUUAAGGCAGCCAUCAUGUCCAACGCCGCCCAGCUGAACUACAAUAAUAAAUUUCACGGAACGUAUCACGGUAACGUAAGCAAUAGAGCUAUGUACGGCAGCGGUGGUUUCCCUCGGGGUAGCAAAGCGUCUUUGCAGGAAUAUUCACGUCAAGUGGAUGACACCAAAGUACUAUUGGAGCAACCGACGCGGCAGAACUUGGAGUGCGACUUGGAUGACAGCAAUAGUGUCGAUAUCGCCCAGAUGGAGUACAACGUGAAGCAGUUCCUGUUGAAGCAAAACGAAUGGUCAUCGUUGUCCCGACGCAUGUCGUCUUCAACGACGUCCGGAACGGUAGAACCGACGGUCCAACACCAACGGCACCAUCAGCAACCGGUGGUGGAGGAACCGCUGCAAAGAACUGUUUCCGUUAAUUCGAGAAAUCACGACGGUGGUGGAAUGAAGGGAAGCUUUCCGGGGACGGCAGUUCAACAAACGACUCAAUUCCACAUGAACAAAUAUCCCAUCAAUCCCCAUAGGACGGAGACCAAUCUGUAAGCUGUUGGAGCUGGAGAACUAAAUGACGGUUAGGGCAUAAAAGGAAGGGUACUGUUGAGUUUAGAAAAAUUCAAGCAGAUGUGACUUAUUCCAAGGAUUUUUUUUUUCAGAAACUUAUCAGUUUUUGAGGCCUACAACCAUUUGAUUAAAAGUAAAACAAGCAUCUAUAUCAGCUCUUAAAAAUAAGUUACUGGCAAUUUCUUAAGGAUUUUACUGUUAAUGGUAAGCGAUAUUUGGAGGUUAUGGCUUUUAUAUCGGGAGGAAUAACUCGAAGGCAGAUUUCUAAGUUCACAUCACGUGAUAUUCAUGAUUCAUGUUGUAGCUGCUAAUUGCAGUCUUUCGAGUAGGUAUCACAAGAAUUUCCAGACGUAACUUAAAAAACGGUAUACAGAGCAUGUAUGAGAACCCUUCCAGCGGGUUUAUCCUAUUAACCGAACGAGUUUAGCCACUACAGUAGCGUGCGUCUGGGACAUGCUGCGUAGGCUCGCGUUACGAGCAAACGAAGCUAAGUUAGUGGAUAAUAUACAUAGAGUGCAUAGAUUCAUUGAAAAAAAAAUCAAAUAAAUGUGACCAACCGUCGAAUGAAAACUUAAGAAUUCGUUCUUGAGUCAUUUUUCUCACGACUGGAAACCAUAAACUCCCAUUUGUCUCACUUAACAAUGCUACGUAGUUCGACAUUAUUUUUCGUGGAUGCUUACUACCAAGCUUACUAAAAUACAUAAUGAUUUUUUUGAAUCAAGAUGAAUAUGAAUAUGACUUUUUGAAAUUCAAUAGUACUCUCCCUUUCAAUGCAAGGUAGUCAAACUGAAAUGGAGCCCAUUUGUUUUAUCAUUUACUCGCAUUGAACUUACUUUCAAAUACUUCAUCCCAGUGUUUAACCCAGAAACGCAUAGCUAGUCAAAAUAACCUAACCGAAAUUGAACUUGCACUUAUAUGAAAAACAUCCACUUCCCUCAAACCAUAUGAAAAACGUAAACCUACUUACAGUUCAGGAAAAAAAAUAAUACAAGCUUACACGAACAAAUCGUCCAGUAACGUGAAACAAAGGGGUGUUGUUUCUAAAUUCAUGUUCAGUUCCAACAAUGUAACAAUACGAGCACAAAAUAGAAAAUGGCUCAGUACCGCUACACGGCUUGCAUGACCUGGCUGACGCCCCAAGAGAUCAAGCAUUUAAAUAAGUCGAAGGUGGUGUAGAAUGUAACAAAAGUUCUUGAGUUCUACUGAAAUCCGUAACUAUUAUGAAGCUAGUCUAAGACCAUCCGGUAAAUAUCAACCUGACCUAAACCAAAUCGGAUCGGAACCCGUUGUUGUAAAUGUAAUCAAACCAAAGCGUGCACCGCAGCAGCUACUUUACAUCUACAUAGGUGCAUUCAGUAGUGGGAGUGAAACAGCAGUUCGCAUAAAAUGCCUUUCUUUUAAUGAAUAACUGGAAGUAUAGCAUGUAAAACACUAGAGGAAUAAGUAAGGAAAAUGUUAGUAGUGCAUAUAUACUUACAAAUAAAAAAUGGAAAUAAAUCAUCCAAUGUGCUACCAACAAAA